GGCAAAAGAACGGGUUUCCAACGAUCAGAAGAAGUCGGUGUACCGGAAGGCUUAUCAGUUCCAAGUGAUUAUCUACAGGCUUCUUUCAUAAAACAAACCUCGAAGGAGUCAACAGAUUCGGGUCAUAGCGACAAUUGGGGUCCGAUACUGACGGAUGGUCCGCUUGGCAACUUCGUUGACAACUUAGGACCAGGCCAGGUAGUUGGCCGGCAGGUAUUGGCAAGUCCGGUACUUGGCGAAAUACAAAUCGGUAUUGCGGCAGGCCGAGCUGGCAUUGACCUUGAAAUCAUCCGAGCUAAGAAUCUUGUGGUCAAAUCAGGUGUUAAAGUUAAUCCAGGUGAUUCUGCAGCACCUUUUAUACCUGCAUUUGCCGUGUUCUCGCAAGCUCCGUAUGUGAAAGUGUACUUGCUAGAGGGGAAGCAAUGUGUUGCGAAAGCAAAAACACAUGCGGUAAGGAGGACAACAGCACCACUAUUCCAGCAACAUAUUGUCUUCUCCGAAUCACCACGCAAAAAAAUGCUCCAGAUUACGGUGAUGGGCGAUUACGGUCGAAUGGAGCGUAAAUCAUUCAUGGGAAUUGCGCAGAUACGACUAGAUGACCUGGAAUUGGGCCCGGAACCAAUGAUUGGAUGGUACAAAUUAUAUCACAGUUCUAGCUUAGCGUGUACUGGGCCAAUCCGAAAGGACAGUGACACAAGUCUGGUCGAAAUGAGACAGUGA